AUGCGCUGCUUGAGACUAGCACGCAUUCGAAACUGUGCAGCCUCGUCUGCUUUGCUUUCGGACGACAGUGACAAGCGACAAUUCCGACAUGGUAUCCAACUCAUCAAGCACUGCUACCUCGGGUGGCGAUCAGGUUGGAGUCGCUUCGGAACCAGCCCCGCCUUCAACAUCCGCAUCCACUUCUGUGCCUACCGCUGCUGCUCACAGCACCACUUCGCAAGAGCCUUCGUCGCUCGCCGCCUUCUCGCCCGUUGGCACCAACAGCAACGACGUGACGGCCAACCACGCAAGCGCCUCUGCCAUGUCAACAGCAGAAACUGCGACGGGAGCCGCUGA